UGAGUACAUGCUGUGUAAGUACAGCUUGAGUAUGGGAAAGGAGACAACAGUUGAUGAUAGGAUCUAAGAGGCUAUAACAAAGUUAGUUUGGAGCCAGCUUUUGGAAGGUGGAAGGUCUCAGUGAUGGCUUAAAAUCCCAGAUGCACAGAUUUGAUUAUCAGCAUGGAUAAGACCAAGGAAUAGAGGAGAAUCAGGAGACUUAGAGGUUUAGGGGAUUCAUCCUUUGUACAAAUGAAAGAAGAAUGAAGGAGAAACUAACUGGAGCUGAAUUGGUGAGGGAAGAAGAGUGAUCAAAGAAGUCAAGAAAACUUUGUCAGUGCUUUGUGAAAACCAAAGGAAAAGAGUUAUUAAGAUGGAGCUGAAGGUCAGCAGCACCAGAAGCUUCAGAAGUCAAAGAAGUGGUAGUCGCUCCUCCAAAACUUUUAAGCCAAAGAAGAACAUUCCAGAAGGUUCUCACCAGUAUGAGCUCUUGAAACAUGCAGAAGCCACCCUUGGGAGUGGCAACCUGCGGACAGCUGUCAUGCUUCCUGAGGGGGAAGACUUAAAUGAGUGGGUUGCAGUGAACACUGUGGAUUUCUUCAACCAGAUCAAUAUGCUUUAUGGGACCAUCACAGACUUCUGUACAGAAGAGAGCUGCCCAGUGAUGUCAGCUGGCCCAAAAUAUGAAUAUCAUUGGGCAGAUGGAACUAACAUAAAGAAGCCUAUUAAGUGCUCUGCACCAAAGUAUAUUGAUUACCUGAUGACUUGGGUACAGGACCAGUUGGACGAUGAGACAUUGUUUCCAUCCAAAAUAGGUGUCCCCUUCCCAAAGAACUUCAUGUCAGUGGCAAAAACUAUCCUGAAGCGUUUGUUUAGGGUGUAUGCACAUAUUUACCACCAGCACUUUGACCCAGUGAUCCAACUGCAGGAAGAAGCCCAUCUUAAUACAUCCUUCAAGCACUUCAUUUUUUUUGUGCAGGAAUUCAACUUAAUUGACAGAAGAGAACUUGCCCCACUCCAAGAACUGAUCGAAAAACUGACCUCAAAGGACAGAUGAGGGAUGGAGGGCUAUUUUAAUCAUAUUUUGCUUAAAUCAGGCUCUUAGGAAUAUAUUUGGGGUUGUUAUUUGGUUGGGUGGUUUGGGGAUUUAUUUUCCUUUAUUUUUUUUCCUCCUAAAUAAAUGAAACCUUUUCUGUUACUUUAGAGGCAACCAAGAUCCAUUCUGUAUGCUUUUGGUGGAGCACAAUCUUUUUUCUUAGUGACAUACAGUGGUGUGGAUGUUUUUCAUUUUGUUUGGAAUUUAGGAAAGAGACUGAGAUAGGGUUUGCCUCCUUGUAGGUUUUUAGCUGAUGCUGUCUGUGUGCUUGACCCUACUGGUGGAUGGGUUCUACAUGGUGUAAAUUGUGACCCAUUUAUAACAUAAAAGACUAACCUUCUUAAGUGCCUUGGCAGAAGGCUCACUUCUGAGGUGCAAAAUGCAAAUGUAGUAGACUGAGCAUUGCUGAACACAAUGGACUGCUCACUUACCCACAAUGCUUGGUGAUGACAUUUCUGUUAGAUUAUCUAAUUUUUAAAAAGCCAUAGUUUGCCUAAAUUGGUGAUCUCCAGCUUUUAAUAUAUGAAGAAACAAUUCUUGAAGAUGUGAAUGUAGAUCUUUAAAAGAAAAAAACAACCAGAAAUAACAUUUUCAGUUAUUUAUGUUAGUGAGGGUGGUGUUGAUGUAUGUUACUCUGUUCAUCAAAUGUUGAAAAUUCUAUUAUGAGCAGGUCUUUCUACCCUGGUAAUGUCUGUGAUAUUGAAACUGGAGGGGGCUAGAAUGUGUUAUCAUUCCAGCAUGGCUCUUCCAUACAGACAAAUGCCUGUACUAUAGAUCAUAAAGUAUUUAUUGCCACAUUCUGAGAUGAUGUAGCCAGCCCCAUCUGGGAGGUUUCUCACCAGUUGCCAAAUGAGCCAUAAAUCUUCCACUGUGAAGAGAAUCAAAAAUAUUUCCACUGAAAUAAUAUUUAAAACCCAUGAAACCAGUACCAAGGAUAAAUUUUCUUGUAAACUCAGUCUCUGAGAAACCCUUCUCUUGUACUUUGGAGCCAACUCCCAUUAGUAGAGAAUAAAUACAUCUUUAUUCUCAUCAUAGACAUUAAGGAUGAAAUUGAAGGAGAGUUAUUAGAAGUACUUGUUACUUUUCAACACUUCCAUUUAUUGGAUGGAGCUGUUUUUGUCACUAAAGAAUGAUGACCACAUUUAAUGACAUUCUUUUAACUGCUUUCUGCUGGCUUUUUUUUGAAGGCUGGCUUUUUUUUUUUUUAACCAGCUAGUUUCUAAUGGUAAAGGAGUUCUACUAUGAGAUGUAAUUAGGUAUCUAAAAGAGUGACUAAUUUAAAACUAACAUCAGUUUUCAAUGGGUUCUAUCCUUUUGUAACAAUUUAGUAAAGUGAAUAUUUUAUACAUGGUGUUCUUAUGAAAACUCCCAGAUUUCAAUUAUCUUUGAUACCACUCUCUGCCUCCUGAAACUGGUUAAGUCCAGUUCUCUCUGAUCUCUUCUUGCAAAAUAAUUCAAAUUAAUAGCACUUUGGGUUGUUUUCCUAAUGAACAGAGCACUGAUAUGAUAGAUGUCAUUAGCAUCAUUACUACCUAGAACUGCCUUUGUGCAAUGUUCAACAAAAUUUGUCAAGUGUCAGCAAUAGACAGUAAUGUUUGGCAGAGGUGCAUCCAUCAGUUAUUGAUAAUACUUAUGUGGCACAGCAAUAAGGGACAGUUGGGAUACACACAUCUCCUUUAAAAAAAAAGUUUCUUGUAAUUAUCCAUAUAGAUAUUAAAUGAAACAUUUAAUUUAGAAACAACUGGGUGCCAAGUGGUUUAGGGAUCUGCAGAAGAUCCCAUCUGCACAGGGAAAUAAAGCACAAGGUCACCCAAGGCCUUCCAUAUCACAUUUCAACUUGUGUAAACCCACUAACAGCAGGGUUGCAAUAGCCUAGUGGAAAGAGAAUGGGUGAGAAAAUUAUUCUUGUAUCUGAUAAAUGUCAUGUAGCACUGUUAUGUUGGAAUAUAAUAAUUCUCUUAGAUAAUUUUGUAAGUGUACAUUGAUUUCCCAGUGUUUAUGGAUAAGAUUUUGUUCUUAAUUGUGCCAGAACCUCAGGUACCUGCCUCUGGGUACUCCUUUGAUCAAAGACAUUGGGAUUUGGAGGAUGCUGCUACUGUUUCUAUGUGUUUUAAGUAGAGAGGCUGUCAUUAAGAAGGGAUCUGGCUUAUACUCCUUGGUUCUCUGUAUGCCUAGAAAGUAGAAAUUUCCGUUACACACAAUCAAUUAUUUUAAGAUAAAUUGUUUAAUGGUGAUUCCCCACCCCGGAAGAGGAUAUAAAAUCCAUGUUAGUAUCAGAUUUUGCUUUUGCUUCAGAAGUUAAUCAGAGAUCUCUUUUUUUAGGCCUUACUCAUCUCUUGACCUGAGUUCACAAAACAUUUUUACAGAAUUUACCUUUAAAUUCCAUUUGAAAGAUUAAAAGAACACCACUAAUGAUAUUUCUUUAAAAACAAAACAAAUACAAAACCUAACCUAGAUACCCUUGGUUAAGUUUUAACAUACUAGAAAAUUUUAAUGAUUGGAUAAUCUUUUAGUUAGCCAUGUUGUGUUAUUGACUCAAAUUUUUAAAGCUCUUUUUUUCCUUUCAUUUUCAUAGAAGUCAUGCUGUUGAGUCAUAACAUAGAUAUGAAGCCUGAAAAGUAAAAACCACAGUUUAAAUGAGUGAAUAUAUUUAGUUUUCUGUAUUAUAGGUAACCAAUUGCUUGGUUUACCCAGAGAAUCCAAGUGCUAUAGCACCAUAGUUAUUAUAAUUGGAAACAGAUGGUAUGGAUAUUUUAAAAUUCAUGAGAUUCCAUUUUAGUUAUUAGUUUUAAGUCUUUUUUAACCAAUUAUUUUACGCUUUCCUCUCCCUGUUCCCACUUAUUAGAAAGCUGUAUUAAUAGAAGAUAGAUACUUAAUGGUUUUUCUCUCAUCAAUGCCUAGAGGUGAGAAUUUAGGCAGAAUUUAAUAGUGUAUGGCUAAUUUUUUUUUUUUUUUUUAAACAUCUCAACUGUCAUAGAGGAAUUUUUAUUCAUCCAAAUGUUUCCUCAUUUGGGGAUGCUACUACCAUCACUCAAAAUGUCUUUGGAAUUACCUUUUUGCAAUUUCCUUCAGAACCAGUUUACUAGCCAUGGAAGAAAGUCUGUAUCAUUACCACCUUACAUUAAUUACAUUACAACUGUUUCUUCAUUUGAACUAAAACUUGUAUAAUUCAGCUUCUUUAUUCAUCCUGCUUGCCUCUGGGUGACAUUUGAUUACUUCCUCAAAACGAUAUUCAUCCUUUAAUACAAAGAUUUGUGAAGAUGGAUGAUCCUCAAAAGACUGUUAUGGAUUUUGAAGGCAACUUGAGCUCCCAAGAUGGUUUUAGCAAUGGCAGUGUUAUUUGAAUCAUUGUAUGACCUCCCAGAUGGACUUACCUUCAUUUGGCAAUAGAAAUUCUGGUAAUUUCAAAAAAGUUAUUCUAUUAUCUUUUAAUCCUGUAUCACAAAAAUAAGUUCCCAAGGACAUUGACAUUCAGUGCUACAAAGGUCAUAGAUCCUGUUUGUCACUAUGGGACAGUUUUAAUUAGGAAGAAGUAUAGAGAGAUUCAAGUGAUUAAGGCAAAAGAAUUCAGGAGAAAUACACUAGAAGACUUAUCAAUCCUAUCCAUGUCUUUUGUUCACACAAAAUGGUAAUAAGACUGGAGAUCACAAUAUGAGAAGCCCAUAGCAUAAACAUUUUACUUUUAGUUGAGUUUGAAGUUUAAAUCCACAAAGCAUUCCUGUUUUUAUUAUAAUUACUUGCUUUUAUUUUUUAAUAUCUUUCUUGAAAGACAUGGACCAUAUAUUAUAGUUGUUCUUUGAAAAUCUGGGCACAUAAAAAUAAAAUCCAGUUUGUUUUGAAACUAAACUGGAUCUGUGAACAAAACGAUCCUUUGAAACAGUUCUCAAUUUCUGUAGAACAGGAUUCUCAGUAUUUUGUUUUGAACAUAAGUAUCUGAGUUUUGUGUGGUAUUUUUAAAAUGCAGGACAGAAAUUGUCUUUUAGCUACCACCAAGUUUGUCCGUAAGUUUUGGAUGGCAACUUUUAGAGGUGAACAUACCUAUGAGGUAUACCUAUGAUUGAAGAGGAACUUUACAUUGUAAUUGUAAAGAUGAAACAAUUCUGAACACAGAUCAUUUUAUAUUUUUGUUGCUGGUAGCUGAAGUUAUGUUUAAAUGGCUUUGGAGGGAGAAAAAGAUAAUACAGGUUAGAGUUCCAGUAGUGUCACGUUCUAUCUGACACAAAAGAGAACUUGGAAAAUUUCACUUCCUUAAAAUAAAUUAGAAGCAUUGACUAAUCUUAAUGUAUUCUUACACUUUCUCUUUCCCUCCCCCCUCCUUUUUCAGGUAAAGUUGCCUAUGUGCUGCUAUUAAUAUCCUGUACAUUUCUUCCCUUACUUUCCUCCCAUUAGAUGUUUGGGUCAUGAUAGUCAACAUUCUUGGUGAUUUUUGAACCAUUCUUAUUGAUACAAAGGUUUGGGUUGUUGUGUUGGAAAAUUGACAUCCUUACAGAUGUUUAUAAAGAUGACUUAUUUGGGUUCUAUUUUGAGCUCUUUAAAGUCUGCAUCAUUGAAGUACCAAUCACUGAUUUUAGAUUGCUAGUGAUGAAAUGGUAUUUUGUUUUGUUUUGUUCUUAUUCUUUAAGACAAUACUUAUUUCUCUUAAUAGAGAAAGUAGUAACAUCGAACUCUGGCUGGAUGAUUCUUGGUUUGCACAUAUUUUUUCCUUUAGCUGAAAUGCAGUUCUUCUGAAUGUUUCAAAAUAUAUUUCAGGAAGUGCAUUUUCAUUUUAAGAACACUUUCUUUCAAAAUUGUUCUUCAUAAAUCAUUGUAUUUUUCAGAGUUUUUUUUUUAAAACAUCCACUAACUAUAGUUUGUUGUUUUUGUACAUGUCCAACCUAGGAUUCAAGGGGCACUAUUUGUGCAGGAAUGCUUCUCUUUGAAUUCUUCUGUGCUUGGAGGGUGUAUUUACUCUGUUACCACUAGCUCUCAAAAUGAGACAAGAAAAGAAUGUAGUAAAUGCAUAUGACAGUUUCUGAAUAAAUGAAACUCUUUAGGUGAAAGCAAGAAUAAUAAAAGUACAAGAUCAUUCUUAUUUCAACAUACAUGUUAUGUUUACAGUAUGUUAGACAAUUAUGAAAUCUAUAAGGACAUGAUCCCUGUUGUCAUGGAGAGUCAUAUCCACUUUAUAUUAAAGCAGCUUGAAGAAAAAAAAAUAGAUGUAAAAUAUGAAAUACAUUAUGAGAAUUUAUAAACUAACUGUGCCAAUCUUACUUCAGUUUGUAGUUAUUAAUGGUUAUUAUCUUAGGUUAUACCAACACAUCAUAUUGAUUCUAAAAGAGAGGGAAAAAUGAAUGUCAAAGAUUCAUAACAUGUUUUAUUUGAGAGAUGUAAAUAAUAUAUACAGAUUGUGGUAUGUAAUGAGAUGAGGAAGUAUUUAAAUUUUAGGAUUUUUUUUCCCCAGUAAGAAACUGAAUGCUGUUUAUAAGAGAAAGUGAAUAAAUAGUUAUGUUUGGCCAUGA